GACAUAACAUUUGUGGUGGUAGGUUGGAUAUCAUCACCACUCGUAACAUUUAUUGCCCUCCUCUCAACACGACCUGGAUUCUCAACAAUGGCUUUUUAAGUUCUCCAGAAGACUCCCCGUCUUGAAGUAGAAUUCAUUGUGCAAUUUUUAUUUGUCGAAAACCUGAAUUCUUGAAGUAGAAUUCAUUGUGCUUAAAUUCUAUAGAUCAUCACCAGCCAUGGAUGCUCUUCUGAAGCAAUUUGAGAGACUGCAGAGGCCAAUCGAUCUGGUGCAAACUCUCCAUGACUGCCAACUUAAAGAAGUGCCUGCUCGAUAUAUUCUUCCAUCUGAUCAGAGGCCAGUCCCUGCUAUUGAAGCUCCACAAUCUAUUCCUGUCAUCGAUUUAGCAGCUCACCACUCAGAAAUAGUAACCCAAGUAGCCAAAGCAUCCGAAGUCUGGGGCUUCUUCCAGGUAAUAAAUCAUGGGAUAGAUCUUUCAUUGCUAGAGAGGAUCAAACGUGUAUCACAAGAAUUCUUUGGUCUUCCUUUGGAAGAAAAAAGAAGACAGUGUCCAGUAAGGCCUGGUACUCGUAUGCUUGAAGGUUAUGGCCGCUUCUUUGACAUCUCAGAUGACACAGUCUUGGAUUGGGUUGACGCCCUUGUUCACUAUGUCUAUCCACCCUCUGUCAAGGCAGUAGAACACUGGCCGAAAACACCCCACACAUACAGGGAAACGUAUGAAAAAUAUGGAAAAGAGGUACUCAAUCUUACCGAUAAGUUGCUGGGUUUUCUUUCCGAGGGUUUGGGGUUGGACUCUGAUUAUGUUCAAACCCUUAUCAAGGAACCCCUGCUUCAGCUCAGAAUCAAUUAUUACCCUCCUUGCCCUCAGCCAGAUUUGGUGAAUGGACUGAGACCCCAUUCUGAUGGGGAUUUGCUCACUGUACUGCUAGAUGACCAGGUUGAGGGUCUCCAAGUUAGAAAAGACGGAGAAUGGUUUACCGUAUCCCCUGUUCCUGGAUCACUCAUUGUCAACGUUGGUGAUCUCUUGCAGAUAAUAAGCAAUGGAAAAUACAAGAGCGCGGAGCACAGGGCGAUGGUAAAUACAAAUCAGUACAGGAUGUCAGUUGUCAUGUUUUUAAGUCCACAAGAUGAUGUGCUGAUUUCUCCAGCUCCUGAAUUGAUUGAUGAAACUCAUCCUAGAUUGUAUCAUUCCACUUUAUCUGAAGAGUAUGCAACCACUUAUAUGAGCAAGGAACUUCAAGGAAAAGCUCCAGUAGAAGCUCUUCUUAUAGAGCAGCAGUCUUAGAAUGCAGUUAAUAUACUUCUAGCAUCAUAUCAUAUUAUUCCUGUUAAGUCAGAAUAGGUAAUGAAUCUACGCAUCGAAAUCGAAGAGUAAUCGAACUCAAUCAUUGUUGCAGAAAGAAUCAAAAUACCUAAAACUUCUUACACCUGCUUCCAUCAACCAGAUAUCAAACUCAAUAGACUCUACUACCUAGAUGUACUUACUUUUUGAUGUACUUCAUUGUCAGAAACCAGGAUGUUGUGUAGUAUGCAUAUGCUAUUACGUCUGUUAAAUGAAAAAGUAUAAAUUGAAUAUAUUUGUGUUUGAAUACUGAUCUGC